AUGGCCUCGUCGCGGGAGUCGCAGCACUCACUGCUAUCCGAAGAUUCGAUCGACACUCGGCCCCAACGGUCUUGGAAUCCACUCAACAAUCGCCUAACCGACUCGGACUAUCGCUACCAUUCCCCCUCAGACAGCACCUGGUCCGAAGAAGUCCUGCGCGAUGUCGGUCUGGGCAUCUCGAACACAUCAGGCGACGGCAUUCCCGCAGAAAUCUCGACAGACAAGCGCCAUUCAACUGAUAGCACCGCGACUACGACUCCGAAUACCUACAAGAUUCCACAUUCUCCCCAGACUCCGCAGACUCCACAUGCCCACGCCCACGUGCGGUGCCCCCAACCGGGCAACGGUGCUUCAGAAACGGCUCUCCUGGGUAUCUAUCUCGGCAUUGCGCUUCGCAAGCCCCGAUGGCAGAGUGUCUCCAGCGAGGGGCCCUUGGCUCCAUCUACAGCAGAUUUGCUGAGCGCAUUCUUUGCGAAGACGAUCGAGUUGGCCUAUGUUACAAUUUGCGUCGCGUUUCUGGGACAGGUGCUUAGUCGGAGGGCUUUGAUGAGGGAUUCUCGAGGAAUCAGUAUCUCGGAUAUGAAUAUGAGGGCCUGGAUUAUGCAACCCGGGUCUAUGAUUGUGCAUUGGGAGGCACUGCGAUAUUCGGCGCUCACUUUUCUCGGAUCGAUUGCGUUGGUUGCAACGUUCGUUGCGAUGCUGUACACCACUGCGGCGCAAGCUUUGGUUACUCCCAAACUCUCUCUUGGCCCUGUUGAACCGACGAUACUCUACGGCAAGGUAACCUCCAGCUUCGCAAACCCCCACUACACUGCAGCGAACUGUGAGACACCCGUCACCAACGAAAUGGACCCUGAUUAUCGCAACACAACCUGCAUCCAAAUUGAACACGUCGGCCACGCAUAUCAUAACUACCAGCAAUGGAUAAGCCAGUGGGGCCAGCUAAUAACCCACAACAAUGAAACCUCAAGCGAACUCCAAAAGCGCCCAAAGCCAACAGGUUCACUCUGGGACAACACCACAGUAACAGGCAGCUGGAUCAACAUGCAAGACAUGUCCACGCUAUCCAAGGAACACGGCCGAAUGAUCAACAACAUAACAAUGGCAAUGCCACAUGGCGGCAUCCCCGGCGCAGCAAUGAACUCCAAAAACAGACUCAAACAACCCACAGACUCCUCCGGCGAAGGCAAAUACACCAUCGAAGCCUCCGUCCCCUCGCCAGCCGUCAACGUCCUCUGCACAGGAAUGACAAAAGACGAGCUCAGCCCCCCUAACAACAUCCCGCACCCCGCAUCCUGGAAAAACCGCACAGUGGUCGACUCCCUCUUCCAAUUCGGCCCGAAAUACGACCAAAUCCCACCCAUUUUCGGCAAAUACCCCCUCCCAUACAACACAAUCCUCAACACAACAGGUUCCUGGCCCGCAAACGCCAUCUACCUCCUCGGCGCGACGCCACCAUCCAACGACACCAACACACCAGCGUACGUGAUGUGCUCUCUGCGCGGGAAACAAACAGGCGCAUGUUCGACCACGUACUCCGCCGACACGAGCGGCGCAUUCCUCAGCACGGUCUGCGAGAGCGCCUCAAACGAGCUACAGUACGACCGACGACAUGACUUCGAGGGCCAGUGGGAUCCAGACUGGAAGAACAUCGCGUCGGAGUGGGCGAAUGCGCUUAGUCUGAACGCCGGGAUCACCGACGGCGCAGCCAGCAAUGCCAGACUGCUGAUGCAGAUGAUGCCGCGGUACGACAAGAACGAAGGGGCGUUCACGCUGGACCCGAGUUUACCUUCUAUUGCCGAGGCAUUGGCGGUGAUGGCUGGAAGCACGCUUAUCCUCAGCUCGCAGAAUGCGCCGUUCGUUCCGUUCUGGAACUACAGUACCGAGAAUCAGAACGUGCUUUCCGAGCCUGUUUACCAGGGUUUCGAUGCCUCUAUCCAGGCUGUUGGGUAUGCUUCUGGUGGGACGGAGCAGUGGCAGGGGGUUUUCUAUGUGAUUCUUGUGUUUGCGUUCUUGACCAGCGCUGUCUGUCUUGGGUUUAUGAUUGUCGAGGCGCGCGGUCGACAGGUGACUGAUUUCACGGAGCCGCAGAAUUUGUUCGCGCUUGCUGUGAAUAGUCCGCAGACGUCGCAGUUGGAGGGUGCUUGUGGGUGUGGGCCUUGGGGGGAACAGUUGAAGGAGAGGUGGUAUAUUGGGAUGGAGGAGGAGGAUGAGCAUUAUUAUAUUCGGAGUAAGACGGAGGAGAAGAUUCCGCUUCUUAAGACGAUGGAUUCGAGGCAGUUGGAGCCGAUGGAGAUCGAUGAUGGGGGUGGGAGGAUGCUUAGCCCUAUGGUUGAUGAGUUUAGGAAGGUGUCGAAACGUCAUUCGUUUUUGGCGAAGCUCUAUUGA